AAAUAAAAUGUCGAAAUCCAAGCUUUUGUUUUGUAGGCUGCAACCGGAAACAGAUAUCUCCGUUAACUAGGUCAGCUUGACAGCAGGUAUCGCACACGUCGCUCUCUCCACUACAUCACAUCACUGCAGCAGGACCGUGAAGGCAGCAUCAGAGGAGCGGGCGGCAGCUGGAGCUCACUUGUUCCUCCUCGACAGAGCCACAGAGGCGCGCGUGCCUGUGUCCUCUUCAACUCCCGGAGGAUACUUUUACCCCGAGAGGACGUCAGAGCGGCAGUUUGAUACCCUGUCGAGAGCGGGGAGGAGAAGGACAACUUUUGAGAAUUUUUCUUUGAAAUUCUUUCAUCGACAUCCCGCUUAACCUUGGAAGUCACACCUGGUUGUAGUGCGAGGAUGGGACCGCUGCUGCUCGUCAUCGCGUUGUGUUUGGGUGCCGCUGUCCCGCACCAUGUGGACGCAGCAGAUGGUGAAGAAGCAACCUCCGCAGGCCCUUGUCAUCCAAACCCCUGCCACAACAGAGGAAUGUGUGAGAUCAGCGAGACCUACAGAGGCGAUACAUUCAUUGGUUACGUGUGCAAGUGCCCGCCAGGCUUCAGUGGAGUUCACUGCCAGCACAAUAUUAAUGAAUGUGAAAGAGAACCGUGUAAGAAUGGAGGCGUUUGCACCGAUCUGGUCGCCAAUUAUUCCUGUUCAUGCCCGGGGGAGUACAUGGGGAGAAACUGUCAAUACAGAUGCUCUGGACCACUGGGCAUGGAGGGUGGUAUUAUCUCCAACCAACAGAUAACGGCCUCCUCCACCCACCGCGCCCUCUUUGGCUUGCAGAAGUGGUACCCAUACUUUGCACGGCUCAACAAGAAGGGUCUGGUCAAUGCUUGGACUGCUGCCGAAAAUGACAGAUGGCCAUGGAUCCAGAUAAACCUCCAAAGGAGAAUGAGGGUCACAGGCGUAAUUACCCAGGGUGCAAAGCGUAUCGGCAGUCCGGAGUAUGUCAAGUCUUAUAAAGUCGCCUACAGUGAUGAUGGAAAGACCUGGAGAACGUAUAAAGUCAAGGGCAAGGAUGAGGAUAUGAUUUUCAGAGGCAAUGUUGAUAACAACGCUCCAUCAGCCAACUCUUUCACACCUCCCAUUGAAGCCCAGUAUGUGAGAAUUUACCCCCAAGUCUGCAGGAGGCACUGUACUUUACGGAUGGAGCUUCUCGGCUGUGAGCUUACAGGCUGUUCUGAACCUCUGGGGAUGAAGUCGGGUCACAUCCAGGAUUAUCAGGUGACAGCCUCCAGCAUCUUCAGGACUCUUAACAUGGACAUGUUCACUUGGGAGCCUGGGAAGGCCCGCUUGGAUAAACAGGGGAAGGUCAAUGCUUGGACAGCUGGACACAGUGACCAAUCACAGUGGCUUCAGGUGGACUUGCUUGUGCCAACCAAGGUUACUGGCAUCAUCACCCAGGGAGCCAAAGACUUCGGCCAUGUCCAGUUUGUCGGCUCGUACAAAAUCGCCUACAGUAACGAUGGAGAGCGGUGGAAUGUGUAUCAAGAUGAGAAACAAGGAAAAGACAAGGUGUUCCAGGGGAACUUUGACAACGACACACACAGAAAGAACGUGAUAGAUCCGCCCAUCUACGCCCGGCUCGUCCGGAUCUUGCCCUGGUCAUGGUACGGCAGGAUCACUUUGCGCGCAGAAAUACUGGGAUGCACUGAGGAGGAGUGACGGCGCCGUCUCCAUCCCUCUGCCCACCGUUCCCUGUCCCUUUGGCAUACUGAAGUACAUCAUGUGGUACUUCAGAGAUAAACUGUUCAACCUGUAAAAAGAAAUCGAUUUCCAAUGGAUUUUUCAAGAUAAGCAUUCAGUUGUGGUGGGUUACUGUUUCUUUUUUUUUUUU